GGCGGAGCUGUAAAGGCCAUAUACCAUAAACACAGCCUGCUCAUCUGCUGCAAGUUCCUUAUCUACGACUUCCUAACACAUACUGUUUUACGAAAGCGGCAGGAUUCGGCUUCAAGCAGCAGUGCAAGCAUGGAGGAUCCUCUUUUGCCGGACGGAAAUCCUCCUGCUGCCCCCCCAGUGACACAGGCUUCAAUACAGCCGACAUCUCGGGUCAACUCCGGUUCGGGACUUGCUGGCGUAAGGCAGGAUAUGCUCAGCAAUGGAGAGACCCUCCACAGUGAGAUCAAAGAAUCCAAGUUUAAUUUUGCGGAUCUCAUCGGCAUCAUGGUCGGUGCAAAGAAGGCAGAGACUCCGCAAAAGCCGAAAGCCCUGCCUGAGCGAUUUCAGCCCGUCCAACCUGAGCCACGUCGAGACUCUGGAGCUGGAUCCGAGGAGAACCUCCCAUUUGCGAUUGACAUGUCUCAUGCCAAUCUACCGCCUCUUUUAAAGCAUUUUUCGUGGACCCGCGCAGCCCCAUUCAAAGAGGAAAAGUAUGCCCGAUCAGUGUCCGAUACGAUCGGAAACAACUACAGCCCACACGCUGCGGAUCUGAACAUCAAGCAGAUGCCGAGCAUACCACCAUUGCCACCCAAGCGUGAUAGAGAGCGAGGGAUAGAUAAUGAUCGAGCAAAGCGUCCAAGAUCAGGUCGUGAAAGGAGGACUGUCAGUUUAGAUCGGCGCCACGAAAAGCCUCCCAUCCACGUUGAAAGCAGACCACUUUCUCCAUACUCUCGUCUUGCGACUGCUUGUCCACCUUUGAAAGACCUUGGUGAAAUCCCGCAAAUGGCACCACCUGCAUUGGAUCCUUAUGACCUCGAAUCUGACAAUAUUGCUAAACAAUUGACGGCAGAGCACCGGUAUUGGUAUUACGUGGAGAAGGGAAUCCCAGAUGAUGCGAUAGCGCCAAUGGAUCGCUCAAACAUGGAGGCCGUGCGGAGUCUUAUUCCAUCGACGCUUCUUUCAUCGGAUUCGUUAGUUUCUACGCGGAAUGUGGUGACGCAGGAAAUUCGCGAUGAAUACACCACGGCGCUCAAACGCAGCAUCGUAGACUACAUCUUGUUAGACCCAGCGGAACAAGAACGUCUAUGCAUACCACCUUUCUUUACACCCUACAGUCCCCGAAUUGCACGAGCGCCAGUACCAUGGCAUGAGAGUGUGGUCAGUGCGAAGGGAUACAUGGACGAAAAUCUCUUUGUCACAAAUCCUGUCAUGCUGGAUGUGCUGGCCAUAUUUGAGCAAUUCAAGCACUCAAGGGUUGCGGAUAUGAGUGUGUUCUCACCGGCGGUGCUUCCUAUGACAAUGGAAGAGUUUCAGGCGAUCCUGAAAAACCAAUGCCAGGCAUUUAAGAACAAAAUGCUAAAUGAGUGGAUACCGUUGGUUGCCAGCACGUUCUUCAACACAAAGGACCAAUGGUAUAGUAUCGCCACGUCGUGCCAAGAUCCGGAUGUGGGAUUUCGCCGCUUGGAUUGUUUUUUCAAAUCCGUGUGUGCGCUAAUGUCGAACCAGCUUUGGGCCAUUAUGUAUGCCUCUUUGGACGAGUUCGAGAGGUUCUUCACGCAAUUUGCGAGCUGUAAUUCUGACACGUCGGUGUUCACUGUCCGGCUGGUCAUCUCUGGUGCCCAGAUUCGGUUUGAUCCACCGCUGAGCGAUCUCGAGAAUAUGAUCGUCUCGAUCCUGGACGAAAUGGUCACAGCACUACGGGACAUUCCUCGCGUGGAAACAAAAUUGUUUUCGAGCCUGACCCAUGAGCAUCUUUACCUUCCAGCCAUGACUUUGGACGAUGAUCGUAUUGGCGAAGGAAGAUACGUCCGCAACAUCGUGUCCAAGAACACGGUUGCACCGCAAAAGCAUUUGAUGAGUUACGACAAGUACAAGGCUCUUUUAACGACAAAGGCGGAGAAGAGGAUAGAGGACUUUCUGAGGGAGAAGCACGAUUUGGAUGACUAUGAGACGGAAAUCAAAAAGCUGAACAAGAUUAUUGAGGAGAUUGCCAGCUCACCAUCUAUAGUUCGUUUUAGCAUGAUUUACCUUGAAUGUGAUGCGUUGAAAACUGAACUAUCCGCGAAAGCGCAACAACUCGUUCAACGCCUAGUGGAUCAGGUGGCUGAUAUGAAUCGGAAGAUCAAUCUUGGUAUUUGUGAAUCCUACGAAAAGAUAUCUGCAAAAGCCAUGAAAGCUCCCGCAGACACCGAGGAACUUGUUGAACUGAUGAAAUACGUCGAUAACGCCAAACAGCGAGACAUUGUUGCCUUGCGAGAUGAAAUAACAAGGGGAAAGAGGCGGCUAGACUUCUUACUGAGUUAUGCAUUUAUGAGCGAGGAAGACAUCAAGCUGAACGGUGUGACCUUCACAUGGCCUGGGAGAAUUCUUCCGAUCUUUGAAUUAAGCAAGAAGAGGAUGUUGCAAAAGAAGGCGAAAGCUCAGGAAGAUCUGAAGGCUAAGAUUGGAACAACAAAUGACGAAUUGGAUGAGUGCUUUGAGCAAGUGCAAAAGUUCCAGGAUUACGGUAUAAUGUCAGAACUACCUGAGUACCUUAAAAAGAUUAAAGCUCUGGAAACUAAAUUGCACGAGUUAGAUGAAACAAUUCGUCGUAUAAAUGUUGAAGAGGAGCUACUCGAAUGGGAGAAGACGCCUUUCGGGAAGCUUCAGCAGACAUUGGACCUUCUCAACCCCUAUAAGCAACUGUGGGGAACUACUUCAUCUUUCCAAACCGAAUACUCGAAAUGGAUGAACGGAUCGUUCCGGGAAUUAAAUGCGGAGACGGUCGAAGAAAAUGUGCAGAGCAUGUUCCGCAUUAUGUUCAAGUUAACAAAAACAUUUUCAGAGCUUCCUGUUCCACGGAAAGUUGCCGAAAGCGUCAAAAAUCGUCUUGACAGGUUCAAGGGUCACCUACCGCUUAUCACCAUUCUUCGAAAUCCCGGCCUUCGGGACCGUCACUGGGAGCAAAUGGCUGAAAUUGUUGGUCAACCCAUUCAUCCCGACGAAUCGACCAGUUUAACGAAGAUUUUAGAUCUGAACCUAGAGCAAUACCUCGGGCAGUUUGAAUCUAUUUCAGAUGCGGCGUCGAAGGAGUUCUCGCUUCAAAAGACGCUGAGUAAAAUGCGGGAGGAGUGGGAACCGCUAGUGUUCAACUGCCUUGAGUACAAAGAGACUGGCACGAGAAUUUUGUCGUCCUUGGAAGAGGUCCAAGCGUUAUUAGACGAUCAAAUUGUCAAAGUGCAGACCAUGCGUGGAUCGCCAUUUGUGAAGCCUAUCGAAGAGGAGGUCAAGAAUUGGGAAACGACGCUGAUCACCAUUCAAGAGAUUAUUGAUGCUUGGCUCAAGGUUCAAGCUACAUGGUUAUAUCUUGAGCCAAUAUUCACGAGCGAAGACAUUAUGGCAGCCAUGCCCACUGAGGGUAAAAAGUUCCGCGUCGUCGACAAGACGUGGAGAGACAUAAUGGCCAAUACAGCCGAGAAUCCAAAAAUCCUCUCUGUGGCACACGUGCCAGGAAUGUUGAACCGUCUCAACGACAGCAAUGUCUUGCUAGAUGACAUUCAAAAAGGACUCAAUGAUUACCUGGAAAAGAAACGUCUCUUCUUCCCACGUUUCUUUUUCUUAUCAAAUGAUGAGCUGUUGGAAAUCCUGGCGGAAACAAAGGAUCCCCUCCGAGUCCAACCUCACCUAAAGAAAUGUUUCGAAGGCAUUGCAAGUCUUACGUUUCAAGACAAUACGCGCAUUAUUGCCAUGUGUUCCAGCGAGGGUGAACGAGUUCGCCUCAAGGAGGUUAUUGAACCUGCUUUGGCAAAGGGUGCUGUGGAAAAGUGGCUGCUACAAGUAGAAAAAGUAAUGCAAGCGUCUGUACACCAGCAGGUUGGCAAUGCAUUGAAAGCGUACGUUGAAACGCCGCGGUCGAAAUGGGUACUCGAGUGGCCUGGACAAGUUGUCAUUUGCGUUAGCCAGAUAUUUUGGACGAAGGAGGUUACUGAGGCCAUUCGACAAGGUGGUGUCCAAGGACUCCGUGCGUACAAGGAGCUUUGCACAAAGCAAUUGGAAGAAACUGUCGCUCUCGUUCGUGGAGACUUGAGUCCUAUGGCUCGAAUGACUCUAUCCGCAUUGGUGGUAAUCGACGUCCAUGCACGAGAUGUGGUAGGAGAAUUGGAGAUGCAAGAAGUGACGCAGGAGAAUGAUUUUGGGUGGCUAUCUCAAUUGCGUUAUUACUGGGAACAAGAUGACGUUCAAGUACGCAUGAUCAACGCUACAAUCAAAUACGGCCACGAAUACUUGGGUAACUGCCCUCGACUCGUUAUUACUCCCCUCACUGAUCGUUGCUACCGUACUCUCAUUGGUGCUCUGGAUCUUAAUCUUGGCGGCGCUCCAGAAGGACCCGCUGGUACCGGCAAAACAGAGUCCGUCAAGGAUCUCGCAAAAGCAAUUGCGAAAGCAUGUGUUGUCUUCAACUGUUCAGAUGGCCUCGAUUACAUUGCCAUGGGGAAAUUUUUCAAAGGACUCGCAUCGUCGGGAGCUUGGGCAUGUUUCGAUGAGUUCAAUCGAAUUGACUUGGAAGUGCUCUCAGUGGUCGCACAACAAAUCUUGACUAUUCAAAGAGCGGUUGUUGCUAAGAUGGAUAAGUUUGUUUUUGAAGGCACAACUAUUUCAUUGAACAGAGGCUGCUCAGUGUUUAUUACGAUGAACCCGGGAUAUGCUGGGCGAUCUGAGUUGCCAGAUAACUUGAAAGCGUUGUUCAGGCCGGUGGCUAUGAUGGUACCCGACUACGCUUUGAUUGCAGAGAUAUCACUUUAUUCGUACGGAUUUGUCGAGGCACGCACACUUGCUCGUAAAAUUGUUGCCACGUAUAAACUAUGCUCCGAACAGCUAUCCUCGCAAGACCACUAUGAUUACGGUAUGAGAGCAGUGAAAGCUGUCCUCACGGCCGCUGGAAAUCUCAAACUGAAAUAUCCUGGGGAAAAUGAGCACAUCAUCAUGCUUCGAUCUAUCAACGAUGUUAACCUCCCGAAGUUCUUGACCCAAGAUAUUCCUUUGUUUAAAGCCAUCUCGGCUGACUUGUUCCCAAAAGUGGAACUUCCAACCCCAGAUUACAGACACCUUUUGGCGGCUAUCACGGGCACCAUGGCAAAGAUGAACCUCCAGCCCGUUGAUAAUGCCUUGGAAAAGAUUAUCCAGACGUACGAAAUGAUGUGUAUUCGUCACGGAUACAUGAUGGUAGGGCAACCAUGGUCUGGCAAAACCGUGGCUUACAGGGUGCUGGCCGCUGCGCUGAAUGAAAUGGCGGAAAACGGUUUAGGUGGUGAGAAAAAGGUAGAGUAUCGGGUUAUCAAUCCGAAAUCUAUCACAAUGGGUCAGCUGUACGGACAGUUUGACCCGGUCACCCACGAAUGGACCGACGGAGUUCUUGCAAACACAUUUCGAGAGUUUGCUGUCAAAGGAGCGGCUGAACGACGCUGGAUUAUUUUUGACGGGCCUGUUGAUGCUAUCUGGAUUGAGAACAUGAACACCGUGCUAGAUGACAACAAAAAGUUGUGUUUGACCAGUGGAGAGAUCAUGACAAUGUCCCCUACUAUGAGUAUGCAGUUUGAGGUUGCUGAUCUGGCUGUAGCCUCUCCUGCUACUGUAUCUCGAUGUGGUAUGAUUUACAUGGAGCCUGAUGCCUUAGGCUGGCGUCCGUUGAUGGUAUCGUGGAUAGCCACCAUGCCCCCUUCACUAGGACCGGAGCAGAAGCAGCUUUUGGAAUCAUUAUUUGACUGGGUUGUACCACCGACGUUGGAAUUUGUGAGAACAAGCUGUCGCGAGUUUGUGCCCACAAGUCCCAUUAAUCUAGUGGUUUCGCUCAUGACCUUAAUUUCGUGCCAAAUGGACGAAUUCAGCGCGGAGAAGAAGUCACCGGAGGAAAAUCUGCCUCCUAAUAUUCAAAAUCUGUGGUUGCACUGCAUAUUCCUCUUUUCUGCCACUUGGUCCCUAGGUGGAACCAUUGAUGGGGAGUCACGGAAGAAGUUUGAUCGCUUUUUCAGGACGCUCGUCGACGGGAAUAAUUCGGAACACUCACCACCGCGGAACGUCAAGAUUGAUAAACCCAUCCCGGCAGAUGGCCUUAUAUACGAUUAUGUAUUUGAAAAAGAGCGAAAGUUUGGAGGCUCUUGGAAGCUCUGGGUAGACACGAUUCCAAAGUUUGAAAUUCCGGCUAAAGCGAAGUUCAACUCCAUCACAGUUCCUACAGUAGAUACGGCUCGGUAUGGCCAUCUUUUGGAUCUAUACAUCACUCAUGGAAAGCAAGUUUUGUUUGUUGGACCUACGGGAACAGGGAAGACCGUUUACGUCAACAAUAAGCUGCUGUCUGGCUUACCACAAAACAAGUAUACACCUGUCUUCAUCAAUUUCUCGGCCCAAACAAGCGCCAAUCAGACGCAGGAUAUCAUCCUCAGUAAGCUCGAUAAACGCCGUCGUGGUGUAUUUGGCCCGGUUCAUGGUCAACGGUGUGUGAUAUUCGUGGAUGACUUGAAUAUGCCAGCUCGCGAAAAGUAUGGUGCGCAACCUCCCAUCGAGUUGUUGCGCCAGUGGAUGGAUCAUGGACAAUGGUACGAUCUUAAAGAUACUUCUGCGAUGCAACUAGUAGAUAUUCAGUUUGUUACGGCGAUGGGGCCGCCUGGCGGUGGGCGGAACCCUGUUACCUCCAGAUUCCUGAGGCACUUCAACACAGUUGGAAUCACGACCUUUGAGGAAACAACUAUGAAACAAAUCUUUGCUACAAUUGUCGAAUGGCAUUUAACAACCAACGGUUUCCAACCUUCCGUCGUAUCGCUGAAGGAUAAACUUAUUUCUUCAACUUUGGAAGUGUACAAUACGGCAAUUGCGAGUUUACUACCGACUCCGGCAAAGUCACAUUACGUAUUCAAUUUGCGAGAUUUCUCCAGAGUUGUUCAGGGGCUCUUGCUUGCCACACCUGAGCGUUUUCAGGAUCCUGCAAAAGUCAUUCGUUUAUGGUGUCAUGAAGUAUACAGAGUUUUCUACGAUCGACUGGUUGACGAUACGGAUCGCUCUUGGUUUUUCACCACAGUUAAAGAUUUGACAUUCCGGCAUUUCGAUGUUCGGUUUGAAGAAGUAUUUGCACACUUGGACGCCAACAAGGAUGGAAAAGUGGAAGAUGACGAUAUGCGAUCGCUCAUGUUUGGAGACUACACGCAGCCAGAUGCUGCGGUGAGGUAUUAUGAAGAGGUCACCGAUGUGGCAAAAAUCUCGGAAGUCAUUAAACUUCGGCUGGACGAAUACAACCAGAUGAGCAAAGCACCAAUGAAUCUCGUCAUUUUCCGGUUCGCCAUUGAGCAUGUGUCUCGCAUUGCUCGAAUCCUCAAGCAACCCGCUGGACACGCCCUUUUAGUGGGUGUUGGUGGGAGUGGGCGACAAAGUCUUACCAAACUCGCUGCGUAUAUGGCCGAGUAUCAGUUAUUUCAGGUCGAGAUCUCAAAAUCGUACGGAAUGAACGAAUGGAGAGACGAUUUGAAAAAGAUUUUAAUUGCCGCAGGCGCACAAGGGAAACCCUCUGUCUUCUUGUUCAGUGACACCCAAUUGCAAUUGGAAUCGUUCUUAGAGGACAUUAACAACAUGCUCAAUGCCGGAGAAGUCCCGAACAUCUUCCCGUCGGAUGAAAAAGCCGCUGUGAUCGAGCAAGUGCGUGCAGCUCUAGCAAAGGAUAAUCCGAAACUUGAUGCCUCGCCAGCAGCAUUAUAUAGUCAGUUUAUUGCCCGGUGCAAAGAAAACCUUCAUAUCGUUCUGUGCAUGUCUCCCAUUGGGGAUGCGUUCAGAAAUCGGUUGCGCAUGUUCCCAUCGCUAGUAAAUUGUUGCACAAUCGACUGGUUCCAGGCUUGGCCAGAGGAUGCGCUCGAAAUUGUUGCCACACGAUUUUUGGAGGAUGUAGAACUAACUCCUGAAGUUCGUCCUGCUGUGGUAAAAAUGUGCAAAGCAUUCCACACCGGUAGUCGAGUUCUUUCCCAAAAGUUUUACGAAGGCUUACGGAGGCAUAACUACGUUACUCCUACGAGCUAUCUUGAGCUCAUUCAGACCUAUAAAACACUGUUGGAAGCUAAACGUCGAGAAGUCGACGGACUCAAAAGUCGAUAUGUAACUGGACUCGAUCAACUCGCCAGUGCUGCUAGCCAAGUCGGAACAAUGCAAAAAGAGCUUAAUGAGUUGCAACCGCAGUUAGUCCAGACGCAAGCUGACACUGACAAGAUAAUGGAGGUCAUCAAACGAGAAAGUGUCGAGGUGGAAAAGAAGAGAUCUGUCGUCAAAGUGGAUGAGGAGGCCGCUAACAAAAAAGCAGGCGAAGCAAAAGCAAUCAAAGAUGAUUGCGAAGCUGAUUUAGCGGAAGCCAUUCCGGCUCUUGAAAGUGCUCUUGAGGCUUUGGAUACUCUCAAGCCGCAAGAUAUUACCCUCGUGAAAAGUAUGAAGAACCCGCCUGGAGCCGUCAAACUUGUCAUGGAAGCCAUCUGUAUCAUGAAAGGAAUCAAACCAGCGCGCAUUAAAGAUCCUGGUGGUAGUGGCAAAAUGGUUGAGGACUAUUGGGGACCGGCCCAGAAAGUGCUGGGUGACUCUCACUUUUUGCAGAGUUUGAAAACGUACGACAAGGAUAAUAUUGACCCGAAAAUAAUGGAGAAAAUCCGCCGGACGUACAUGCCAAAUCCAGAUUUCGAUCCCAAUGUUGUGAAAAACUCAUCUGGUGCGGCAGAGGGUCUUUGCAAAUGGGUGAGAGCGCUGGACAAAUAUGACGUCGUUGCUAAGGUUGUUGCACCAAAGAAACAGGCGUUGGCGAAAGCGGAAGGGGAGUUGGCCGUCGAAAUGGCCAAGCUGAAUGAAAAACAGGCGGAGUUAAAGGAGGUUGAAGAUAAAAUGGCUGCGCUUCAGUCACAGUUUCAGGCUAUGACGGCGAAGAAAAUUGAUCUCGAAAAACAAGUUGAUCUUUGCGGCAAAAAACUAAUCAGAGCCGAGCAACUUAUUGGUGGGCUUGGAGGGGAGAAGGAUCGAUGGACGGAAGCCGCCAGUUCGCUCUCAGCCAUUUAUAACAAUCUGACCGGUGAUGUCCUUUUGGCCGCCGCGGUGAUCGCUUAUCUUGGAGCAUUCACGUCGGCCUAUAGGCAGGUAUGCCUCGGAGAAUGGAACCAGCUAUGUGUUGCUAGCGGCAUUCCUUGUUCGUCAACUUUCUCCCUCGUGUCGACAUUGGGCGACCCGAUCCAACUUCGAGCGUGGAGUCUGGCUGGUUUACCCAACGAUAGCUUUUCCGGUGACAAUGGUAUCAUCGCGACCAAGACCCGCCGAUGGCCACUAUUUAUUGAUCCGCAAGGUCAAGCAAAUAAGUGGAUCAAAAACAUGGAGAAGAAUAAUCGCUUGGCUGUGAUCAAGUUAUCAGAUGCAGAUUACGUGCGCACUCUUGAGAAUGCCAUACAAUUUGGUACACCUGUGCUUCUUGAGAAUAUUGGCGAGGAGGUGGAUUCCGUGUUGGAACCACUGCUCACCAAGCAGAUCUUUAAGCAAAGCGGGGUCAUGUGUCUACGCCUCGGCGAAGCCGUCAUAGAGUAUUCCCCGGACUUCAGGUUUUACAUCACUACAAAGUUGCGCAAUCCCCACUACCUACCCGAGUUGUCAACUAAGGUCACGAUAGUCAACUUUAUGAUCACCCCGGAAGGUCUAGAAGACCAGUUAUUGGGCAUUGUCGCGGCAAAGGAACGACCCGAACUUGAAGAGGAGAAAAAUCGCUUGGUCGUUGCCAGCGCGAAUAACAAGAAGCAAUUGAAAGAGAUUGAAGACAAAAUCCUGGCAAUUUUAAGCAGCAGUCAAGGCAACUUGUUGGAGGAUGAGACGGCCAUUAACGCUCUGACGAGCUCAAAGGUGCUUUCGGAUGACAUCGCUCAGAAGCAGCGUGUGGCAGAAGAAACAGAAAAGCAGAUAGAUCUGACACGUCAAGGUUAUCGGCCUAUUGCAACGCAUUCUUCAGUGUUGUUCUUUGUGAUUGCAGAAUUAGCCAAUAUUGAGCCUAUGUACCAGUAUUCCCUCCUCUGGUUCAUCAACAUUUUUCUUCAGUCUAUUUCAGAUUCUGAGAAGUCUGAAGUAGUCGAGACUCGUCUCGAAAACCUACGCUCCCAUUUCACUUACAGUCUAUACUGCAAUGUUUGUCGUUCCUUAUUCAAGAAAGAUAAGCUUCUCUUCUCCUUCCUUCUUUGCAUUGGUCUAAUGCGUGGAAGAGGCGAGGUGGACAGUGAUGAGUGGAUGUUCCUUUUGACCGGCGGUGUUGGCAUGGAUUCGGGGCUUCCACCGAACCCGGCGUCUGAAUGGCUAAGUGACAAGAGCUGGGGUGAAGUGUGUCGGCUAUCUGCCCUCCCUGCGUUCAAAGGCUUCAGUAAUACAUUCAAAGAGUCCGUAACGGCUUGGAAGGAAAUUUAUGACUCCGGAGAACCCCAUAAAGAACCUUACCCUGCUGGCUGGGAUCAGCGGUUGAGUUCAUUCCAGAAGCUCGUUGUGCUGAGAAUAAUUCGACCUGAUAAGCUAGUACCCGGCAUUAUGGACUUUGUCAAAGCCAAGAUGGGCCAAAAGUUCAUUGAACCACCGCAGUUUGACCUGGCUGCUAGUUACAUAGAUUCUAAUAACUGUGCCCCUCUCAUUUUCAUUUUGUCACCCGGCGCAGAUCCGAUGGCGGGGUUGCUCAAAUUUGCUGAAUCGAAAGGCUUUGGAGGGAAUAAGCUGAGCGCAAUUUCCCUCGGGCAAGGCCAGGGACCAGUGGCAGCAUCCAUGAUAAGAGCUGGCAUCAAAUCAGGAGGCUGGGUCGUUCUUCAAAACUGUCACCUUGCCGUGUCAUGGCUUCCGACGUUGGAAAAAAUGUGCGAGGAGCUCACCCCUGAAACUACUCAUCACGAUUUCCGACUGUGGCUCACGUCUUACCCCUCCGACCGCUUCCCAGUCGCCCUCCUACAAAAUGGGGUGAAGAUGACGAACGAGCCACCCGCGGGGCUUCGAGCGAAUCUUUUGAGAAGCUACACUAGUGACCCCAUUAGCGAUGAGUCCUUUUUCAAAGGCGUCAAAAAGAGUGCCGAGGCUACAUGGGAAAAGUUGCUCUUUGGGCUGUGCUUCUUCACGCACUGUGACUUGCGUAUCAGCACCAGACAGCUGCAGAAGUUCCUUAAUGACUAUGACGAAGUUCCCUGGAAAGCAUUGGCGUACCUUGCCGGGGAGUGUAACUACGGUGGUCGCGUAACGGACGAUCGAGAUCGACGUACCUUGAUGAAUAUCAUGUCUCUAUAUUACACACCUGAGAUACUGGACGAUUCCCACAAACUAUCCCCUUCAGGCACAUACACCGCACCAUCAAAGGGCUCCUAUGAAUCAUAUCUUCAUCACAUCAAGUCCUUCCCUUUAACCGCGCACCCAGAAGUCUACGGCAUGCAUGAGAACGCAGACAUCGCCAAAGAUCUAGCGGACACAAAUCUUCUCAUUUCUUCGGUUCUCGUCACGCAAGCGCGAAGUGGUGGUGGAGGCACUGGAGGGAAGAGCAAAGAGGAUGCGACGAGCGAGAUUGCUAGUGGGAUAUUGGCGAACCUUCCAAGUGAUUUCGAUGUGGCGGCAGCGUCCAAGGCGUAUCCAGUCAAAUACGAAGAAAGUAUGAAUACAGUGCUGGUGCAAGAGCUCGUUAGGUUCAACCGGCUACUGAAGGUCAUCCGAGAGAGCUUGCAGAACGUGAUCAAAGCUUUGAAGGGGUUGGUUGUGAUGAAUAAGGAACUAGAGGAUGUCGCCACUAGUCUGACCUUGGGGAAAAUCCCGGAACUGUGGGCAGGAAAGAGUUAUCCUUCCUUGAAGCCUUUGGGCGCAUAUGUGUCUGACUUCAUAGCACGUCUAAAAUUCUUUCAGGACUGGAUAGACAAAGGCACACCAACCGUCUUCUGGAUUUCUGGAUUUUUCUUCACGCAAUCUUUCUUAACAGGCACCCUUCAAAACUACGCUCGCAAAUAUUCCAUCCCGAUUGACCUUCUCACUAUGUCAUUUACCGUCCUCACCGACGUUCUGCCAACCACAGCUCCUGAAGACGGAGUCUAUGUCAGGGGUCUAUUUAUUGAAGGUGCACGAUGGGACAGAAAAACAAACCUACUCGGCGAGCAAUACCCAAAGCAGCUCACCGACACAAUGCCAAUUAUUCUUAUCACGCCGGUAAAUCAAGACGAUCCCCAACUGCAGAGAUUGAGGGAAACAGCGUAUGAAUGCCCGGUAUAUAAGACAAGUAUGAGAAGAGGGACACUUAGCACCACGGGACAUUCAACAAAUUAUGUGUUGACCAUGUUCUUGCCGACGGACCAACCACAAAGACAUUGGAUUAUUAGAGGAGUCGCAAUGGUGCUCCAAUUAACUGACUCUUAG